UGUCCCCGUGUUCGCGCCCCCCGUGUGCCCCGUGUCACCCGUAUCCUGCACCCCAGUGCCGCACCGGGUGUCCCCCUCGGAGGAGACACGGACACGGCUGGGUCGGGGGCAGCAUGGGGGGGGCAUGGGGACACGGGAUAGGGACAUAGGGGACACGGGACAGGAACAUGAGGACACCGGGGGACUUGGGGACACUCAGGGAGACAUGGGGGGAACAAUGGGCAAAGACACGGGAUAGAAACGGGGACACAGGGGGGACACCGAGGGCACGGGGGAACACGGAGGGCACGGGGGGACACGGAGGACACGGUGCGGGGGGACAUGGGAGAACACAGCAGCGGGCUGUGGGGGGACACGGGGCUGGGAGGACACGGGAGACGUGAGGGGACACAGGACAGGGACGUGGCGACACGGGGGGUACAGGGGACACAGGCAGGACACAAGGGGACACGCGACAGGGACGUGGGGACACGGGGGCUGAGCGUGGCCGGGGCCCGCUGUCCUGCCACAUCCGUGUCCCCGUGGCGGAUCCCGGAUGUCCCGUGCCAUUACCCUCUCCCAGGAAACGGGGAGAGGUGGCCCAGAUGUCACCGUGCCCCCCCAGGCGCCAGCUGCGCCCAAUCGGCGUCACCUCAGCUGGUGGCACUGCUGGGGACUUCCCAUAAAUGCCGGAGCCGCUGGGCAGUGCCAGCGCUGGGCCGGACACCGGGAUCCGGCAUGGCCGCGGUGGGGCCGGGGGUCGCCGGGGGGGUGGCGGCCAUCGCCGUGCUCUGGGUGACAGCCGUGGGGGCAGCCACGGGGCGCUGGUGCGAGCGGACGGUGCCGGUGCCGGAGCAGGAGGAGGUGACGCCGCGGCGCGAGGCCGCGGUGCCGUGUCCCAGUUUGUACCAGUACAGCCUGGCCGGGUGGCGCCUGGACCGGGACCGCACGCGCCGGGAGCGCGGGAAUUCCCCCGGGGACACCGGCCCCGCCCUCUGCUACAUCUACCGCCCCCCGGAGAUGCAGCCAGUGGUCCGGAACCGCACGGAGCGUGCCUGCUGUCCCGGCUGGAGCGGCGCCCGCUGCACCGAGGGCCCCGGCUCCCUGGGCCGCUGCUUCAGCGGGUGGCAGUGCCAGGACAGCGCCGGCGGCCGCAACGGCAGCGCCAUGAGCCGCGCCGAGUGCUGCCAGCACCCCUGGGGACACAGCUGGCGCCGCGGGGACGCCGAGGGGCCCUGCCUGCCCUGCACCCGCCUGCCCCUGGGCGGGGACGGGGGCUCCCCGCGCCACCGCAGCCCCCCGGCCGCGUGCCAGGCCUGGGCCGGGUCGCGCUUCCGCACCUUCGACGGGCGGCACUUCGGCCUGGCGGGGCACUGCCGGUACAGCCUGGCCACGGCCACCGACGGCUCCUGGGACGUCACCAUCGGCCUGGGGCACCCCCGGGUGCUGCACAUGACCUUCGGGACGGACACGGUGGUGGCCCAGGGACGGAACGUGUCGGUGAACGGGGCAGCAGUGCCGGAGGGACGCCCCUACCUGCACAAAGGGCUCGGUGUCACCUGGCCGGGUGACUGGGUGGCCGUGGCCAGCAGCCUGGGCGUGCGGGUGGCCUGGGACGGGGAGCUGGCAGUGACAGUGACAGCGGAGCCCGAGCUGCGCGGUGCCACCUGGGGGCUCUGUGGCACCUACACCGACGACCCCGCAGAUGACUUCCUGCUCCCCGACGGGGACAUCGCUGCCAUCGCCGCCGCCUUUGGCAACGCCUGGAAGGUGCCGGCGGCCGGCACGGAGCCCCCGUGCAGGGACGUGCCCGAGGGUGGCAGCAGGUGUGGCCCCGGCGAGGUGGCGGCGGCGGUGGCCACGUGCGGGCGGCUGCUGGCCCAGCCCUUCCGGCAGUGCCACGGCGAGGUGGACCCCAGCGGGUUCUAUGCAGCGUGUGUGGCACUGCUGUGCGGGGACGGGGACCCCCUGUCACCCCCCGGCCCCCUGCCAUCUCCCGGCCCCCUGCCAACCCCCGGUCCCCUGUCACCCCCCGGUCCCCCGCCCCCCGCCGCCUGCGCCACCUUCGCCGCCUACGCCCGGGAGUGCUCCCGCCGCCAGGUCGAUGUCCCCUGGCGCCAUCCCGGUUUCUGCGAGCGCCGCUGCGACGCGGGGCAGCGCUUCUCCGACUGCGUGUCGCUGUGCCCGGCCACCUGUGUCACCGCGGGCAGCGCCGAGCAGGGGACCUGCCACCGCCACUGCCACGGCGGCUGCGAGUGCGGCCCGGGGCUGGCCCGGGACGGGGCGCGCUGUGUCCCCCCGGCCGCCUGCCCCUGCCACCACCGGCGACAGCGCUACGAGCCCGGCCAGAGCAUCCGCCAGCGCUGCAACCGCUGCACGUGCGAGGGCGGCCGCUGGCGCUGUGACCAGCAGCGCUGCCCGGCCGAGUGCGCGGUGCUGGGGGGACGUCACUUUGUCACCUUCGACCGCCGCCGCUUCUCCCUGCCGGCCGCCUGCGCCCACACCCUGGUGGAGGACUUCGUGGCGGGGCGGCUGCUGAUCACAGCCGAGCACGAGCCGUGUGACAGCCCGCGGCCGCUGGGCUGUCCCCGCAGCCUCACCGUCACCACCAGCCGCACCACGGCCCGGCUGCACGGCACAGGGGAGGUGACAGUGGCCGGCCGGGAGGUGACGCUGCCCUUCUCCGGGGCCGAGCUGAGCAUCCGCCGCGCGUCCUCGGCCUUCCUGCACCUGCAGCUGCCCGACGCCCACCUGCUCUGGGGCCUGGGGACCCCCGACACCUUCGUCACCCUCCAGCCCGCCAUGGCCGGCACGGUGCGGGGACUCUGCGGAACCUUCAACGGGGACCGGCGCGACGACUUCACGACGCCGGAGGGGGACGUGGAGCCGGGAGUCGCCGCCUUCGCCAACGCCUUCCGGGCGGCCGGAGCGUGCCCGGCGCUGGGCCCCGGCAUUCCCGACCCCUGCGACGGCUUCCCCGGGAGCCGGGAGCGCGCCGAGGCCGCCUGCGCCGUGCUGAUGGGCCCGGCCUUCCAGCCGUGUCACCGCGUGGUGGAUCCCGAGCCCUUCCUGGAGCUGUGCCGCUGGGACGUGUGCUCCUGCCGGGAGAGGCAGCGGGAGCGCUGCCCGUGCCCCGCGCUGGGCGCCUACGGCCGGGAGUGCGCCCGGGAGGGGACGGAGCUGGAGUGGAGGAACCGGAGCCUCUGCGAGGAGCCGUGUCCCGGGGGGCAGCAGUACCAGGACUGCGGGGGUCCCUGCGGCCGCUCCUGCCCGGAGCCCCCCGGAGCCAGUGACUGUCCCCCCCCGGACACCCUGUGCGUCCCCGGCUGCCGCUGCCCCCCGGGGCUGCUGCUGGCCCCGGGGGGGCAGUGUGUGCCCCCCGCCACCUGCCCGUGCCCCCGCGGCGCCCGCCUGUACCCGCCCGGCGCCCGCAUCCGCCGCGGCUGCCAGGCCUGUGUGUGCGCAGGGGGGUCGUGGCGCUGCGCCCCCGCGCCGUGUCCCCCCGGGCCGCGCUGUCCCCCGGGGCUGCUGCACGCCCCCGGCUCCUGCCUGCGCCGCUGCGACCCCGCCGAGCCCGCCGGCACCUGCGGCGGCCCCGCCGACGGCUGCGUGUGCCCCCCCGGGACCCUCUUCCUGGGCGGGCGCUGCGUGCCGCCGGACGAGUGUCCCUGUCACCACGGCGGGCAGCUGUACCCGCCCAACGCCACCAUCGCCCGCGACUGCAACACCUGCGUGUGCCGGGGCCAGCGGUGGCACUGCGGGCGCGAGGAGUGCGCGGGGACCUGCGUGGCCACGGGGGACCCGCACUAUGUCACCUUCGACGGCCGCGCCUUCACCUUCGCGGGGGACUGCGAGUACCUGCUGGCGCGCGAGGCCACCGGGCUCUUCGCUGUCACCGCCGAGAAUGUCCCCUGCGGGGCCAGCGGCGUCACCUGCACCAAGUCCGUGGUGGUGGCCAUGGGGAACACCGUGGUGCACAUGCUGCGGGGGCGAGAGGUGACAGUGAACGGGGUGGCCGUGCGCCCCCCCAAGGUGUUCGGGGGCUCGGGGGGGGCAGAGCCCUGUCCCCGCGGUGCCCCAGGGACCCGCGUGUACGUGCGCGUGUCCCCGCGGCUGCGCGGCCGCCUGGCCGGGCUCUGCGGCAACUUCGACGGCGACGCCGAGAACGAUUUCGGGAGCCGGGACGGGGCCCUCGAGGCGACCCCCGAGAUCUUCGGGGACUCCUGGCGCCUCAGCCCGCUCUGCCCCGAGGCCGACGGCCACCGCCCGCACCCCUGCGAGGACAGCCCCCAGCGCUCGGCCUGGGCGCGGGCUCGCUGCGGGGUGCUGCGGCACGGGCUCUUCGCCCCCUGCCACGAGCUGGUGCCCCCCCAGCGCUUCUACGAGUGGUGCGUGUUCGACGCCUGCGGGUGUGACAGCGGCGGGGACUGCGAGUGCCUGUGCACGGCCCUGGCCGCCUACGCCGAGGAGUGCGGCCGGCGGGGGAGACCCCUGCGCUGGCGGAGCCAGGGGCUGUGCCCCCUGCAGUGCGAGGGGGGGCAGGAGUACAGCCCGUGCGGCCCCCCCUGCCCCCCCACCUGCCGCGACCUCGGCCGGGACCCCCCCGAGCUGUGCGGGGCCCUGGGGUGCCUCGAGGGCUGCUUCUGCCCCCCCGGGCGGCUCCUGCACGACGGGCUGUGCGUGGAGCCCCCCGCCUGCCCCUGCUUUUGGGACGGCUUCGCCUUCCCCGCCGGGAGCUCCGUGACCCAGGGCUGCAGCAACUGCACGUGCCUGGGGGGGCGCUGGCGGUGCCCCCCGAGCCCCGGCCCGUGCCCCGCCGCCCCCGGCUGCGCCCCGUGGGAGUUCCGCUGCCGGGGCGGGGGUCUCUGCGUGCCGGGGGCCUGGCUCUGCGACAACGAGGACGACUGCGGCGACGGCUCGGACGAGCUGUGCGACCCCCCCUGCGCCCCCCAGCAGCCGCGCUGCCCCGGCGGGCGCUGCCUGCCCUGGGGGGCGCGCUGCGACGGCGUCACCCACUGCCCCGACGGCUGGGACGAGGCGGGGUGUCCGGCCCGGGCCUGCGCGCCCCCCGAGUUCGCCUGUGCCGGGGGUCGCUGCCUGCCCCCCGCGCGGCUCUGCGACGGCCGGCUCGACUGUCCCCCCGGGGACGACUCGGACGAGGCGGGCUGCGCCCCCCGCUGCGGCCCGGGGCAGUUCCGGUGCGGGGGGGGCCGCUGUGUCCCCUACCCCCACCGCUGCGACGGCCGCGACGACUGCGGGGACGGCAGCGACGAGAGCGGCUGCGCCUGCCCCGAGGGGCACCUGCCGUGCCCCGGGGGGGGCUGCCAGCCCCCCGCCGCCAUCUGCGACGGCCGCCGCCACUGCCCCGACGGCGCCGACGAGGCCAAUUGUCCGGCGCGGGCCACCUGCGCCCCCGGCACCGUGCCGUGCCCCGACGGCUCCUGCGUGCCCGAGGUGGCCGUGUGCGACGGCGCUCGCGACUGUCGCGACGGCUGGGACGAGAGUCCGGCGGGGUGCGCGGUGGCGCUGCCCCCCGCGCCGCUGUCACCUGCCACUGCUGCCACCGCCACUGCCACUGCUGCCACCGCCACUGUCACUGCUGCCACCGCCGCUGCCACCGCUGCCACCGCCGCUGCCACCGCUGUCACCGGCAUUGUCGCCGACGCUGCCACCGCCACUGUCAUUGCUGCCACCGCCACUGUCACCGCUGUCACCGGCAUUGUCGCCGACGCUGUCACCGCCGACACUGCCAUGGCGGUCACCAGCGCCAUCGGCCCUGUCGGCAGCGCUGUCACUGUCAGUGACACCGCCGCUGUCCCCGCUACUGUCACCGCCGCCCCGGCAGCGCCGUGUCCGCCCCGCUCCCUGCGCUGCGGCAGCGGCGGCUGCGUCCCGCGGGGGUGGCGCUGCGACGGCGACAGCGACUGUCCCGACGGCAGCGACGAGGGAGGCUGCGACCCCCCGUGCGCCCCCGGCCACCUGCCCUGCGGCCCCGCCUGCGUCGCCCCGGGCCGCCUGUGCGACGGCGUCCCCGACUGUCGCGACAGCGCCGACGAGAGCCCCCGGCUGUGCGAGCCCCCCGGGCCCGGGAGCAGCCCGCGGGGUCCCUGCGCAGAGUUCGACUGCGGGGACGGGGAGUGUGUCACCUUCCACCAGGUGUGUGACGGGCGGCGGGACUGCGGCUCGGCCGGGGACGAGCGCGGCUGCGGCCUCUGGGGGCCCUGGGGGCCCUGGGGGUCGUGCAGCCGCCCCUGCGGGCCCGGGGGGCAGCGCCGCGCCCGGGGGUGUCACCAGCGGCACCCGGGGCUGCUGCGGGGCUGCCGCGGGCCGCGCCAGCAGGAGAGGCCGUGCUUCCACCGGGCCUGCCCGGGUCAGCGGGGUCCCGCGGACGGGGGGGCCGGGGGGUUCGGGGGGUUCGAGGGGGUUCGACGCCCCCCGCCCGCAGGGUGCUGGUGCCCGGCGGGGCGGGUGCUGGACGCGGGCCCCGCGCGGUGCGUGCGGCCGCGGCAGUGCCCGUGCGGGGCCGGGGGCCGCCGCUACCCGCCGGGAGCGCCGGUGCCGCUCGGCUGCCGCCUCUGCACCUGCCUGGAGGGGCAGCUGCGCCACUGCCGCCCCCACCCCGGCUGCUCAGUGGACUGCGGGUGGUCCUCGUGGUCGCCGUGGGGGCCGUGCGGGGGCGGCUGCGGGGCCCCGGGCGUGCAGUGGUCCUUCCGCAGCCCCUCGAACCCGGCCCCGUGUCCCCAGGGCCAGGCGCUGCGGGAGGGGCACGGCGGCUCCUGCUGCUCCUGCGGCCCCGCGGGUGACAACGCCACGGCCACCCCGCCCGGGAUGACGACGGCGCUGUCCCCCCCCGGCAGCCCCGGCCCCACGGCCGGGCCCGAGGGGCCCAGAGGCACCCAGACCUCCCCAGAGCCCCCCGGAACCGCGACCCCGCCCGAGGACACCCCGAGCCCCCCCGGGGGCUCCGCGACCCCCCACGAGCCGGAGCUGUCCCCGCUGGCUCCCACGGGGGUCCCCGCGACCCUCCCAGGCUGCGCCCCCCCGCCCUGGGGGGGGUGGGGGUCCUGCAGCCGCUCCUGCGGGGUGGGGGUCGCCCUGCGCCGCCGGAGGGAGACCCCGCCCGAGGGGGGCUGCACCCACCCCCCCGACACCGACACCCGCGUCUGCUUCCUGCGAGCCUGCCCAGUGGCGGGCGGGUGGGCGCCCUGGGGGUCCUGGAGCGCCUGCGAGGCCCCGUGCGGGGGGGGGCAGCAGAGCCGCCGCCGCAGCUGCAGCGACCCCCCCCCAAAAAACGGGGGGCGGCCGUGCGAGGGAGGGGCCCUGCAGAGCCGGCCCUGCAACCUGCGGCCUUGCGGGGACCCCCCAGGUACGGGGGGGGCGUCGGGAGGGGUCCAGGGGCUGAAGCCCCCCCGAACGCCCCCACCCCCAGGCUGCCGGUGCCCGCCCGGGCUGGUGCUGCAGGGGAGCGCCUGCAUCGAGCCCAGCGCCUGCGGGGUCCCCGCGGGGGUGAUGGGGGUCCCCGGCAGUCGGGGCCCCCCCGAACCCUGCGGGUGGUCGCGCUGGACCCCCUGGACCCGCUGUGACUGCGGCACCGGGACCCGGCAGCGCUUCAGGUCUCCCACCAACCCCGCGGCCGCGGCGGGCGGUGCCCCCUGCACCGGGCCCCCCCGGGAGGUCCGGGGCUGUCCCGAGCUCUGCGGACCCGAGCCCGGCAGCGCGGCGCCACCUGGGGCCACCGAGGCGCCCUGGCCCCGGGGGUCCCCACGGCCACCGGGGGGCACAGGGAGCGCGGAGUCCCCGGGGUCGCCGUGGGCGCUGGAGCCCGCGUGGGGCACGGAGCUGCCCUGGGAGCCGGGGUCCCUGGAGCCGGCGUGGGGCACAGAGACCCCCGAGCCCUCGGAGUCCCCGGAGACCCCCGAGCCCCCGGGGUCCCCAGAGUCCCCGGAGCCCCUGGAGCCCCCCGAGCCCCCGGAGUCCCCGGAGCCCCUGGAGCCCCCCGAGCCCUCGGGGUCCCCGGAGUCCCCGGUCGCCGCCCGUGGCCGGUGGUCGCCGUGGGGGCCCUGGGGCGGCUGCAGCGCUCCGUGCGGGGGGGGCGAGCGCUGGCGCCGCCGGGGCUGCGGGACCCCCCCGUGCCCGGGGCCGGCGCUGCAGAGCCAGAGCUGCCACAGCCACGUGUGCCGCGAGGCCGGCUGCCCCCCGGGCCGGACCUUCCGGGAGUGCGGGGGGGGCUCGGGGUGUCCCCGGAGCUGCGCCCACCUUGGGGGGGCCGUGGGGUGCGCGGGGGGGUGCCAGGAGGGCUGUCACUGCCCCCCCGGCACCCUCCUGCACCGCCGCACCUGCCUGCAGCUCGUGCCUGUGGGGCCGCCUGCGCUGCGGCCCCCCCGGGGACCCCCCCUGCAACGGGACCCCCGCGGCCACCCCGAGCUGCCCGAGCCCCCCCUGCGCCGCCCCGUAUCAGAUCUCAGCCCCACACCGGAUCUCAGCCCCACAGAGGAGCCCGGCCUCACACCGGAUCUUGGCCCCAUAUCAGAUCUCGGCCCCACACCGGAUCUCGGCCCUAUAUCGGAUCUCAGCCCCAUAUCAGAUCUCGGCCCCAUAUCAGAUCUCGGCCCUAUAUCGGAUCUCAGCCCUAUAUCAGAUCUCAGCCCCACAGAGGAGCCCGGCCCCACAGCCCCCGGGGCCGCGGCGGAGGCCGGGGGGUCCCCGGUGGUCCCGGCAGUCCCGGCAGUCCCAGCGGUCCCGGUGGUCCCGUGGGGGCCGUGGGGGCCGUGGGGGCCGUGGGGGCCCUGCAGCCGCACCUGCACCGGGCCCGAGCGCCCCGCGAGCCGGAGCCGCCGCCGGGGCUGCGCGGGGGGAAACUGCGGGGCGGGGGGCAGCAGCGAGCGGCGGCCCUGCAACCUGCCCCACUGCCAGGGGUACGGGCUGCGGGGGGGCUGCGGGAGGCUGGGUGUGCCCCGGGGGACUCGGGGGGGUCCCUGCGGGGGUCGCGGCGCUGACGGUGCCCCCCCAGGCCCGCGGUGCCCCCCCGGGCAGGCCGUGUCCCCCUGCGCCACGCAGUGCCCGCGGAGCUGCCGGGACCUGCAGGAGGGGGUGUCCUGCGCGGGGGGGGCCCCCUGCCAGCCCGGCUGCCGCUGCCCCCCCGGUGAGCCCCCCGCCCCCCGGAGCACAGAACUUGGGGGGGAGCCGGGUAUAUGUUGGGGGGCCACGACACUGGGGGGCACACGGGACCACGGGGGGGCCACGUCACGGUGGGGACGCACCUGGCGCUGGGGGGGGGACACCAAACCCGACACCGGGGGGGCUGCGGGGACGCCGGUGGUGCCAGCCGGGUCGAUGCCCCGUGUGACCCCCCUGCCCCCCAGGACUCCCGUGCCCCCCGAGGGCGGGGGGGCACCCUGCGGGCCCCCCCAGGAGCAGGCUCGGGGCUGCGAGGAGGCGCCGUGCCCCCCCCUGUGCCCCUGGGCGGGGGGCGAGCGGGCCCUGGGCGAGCGCUGGAGCCCCGGCCCGUGCCGGCAGUGCACCUGCACCCCCGAGGGACCCGAGUGCUGGGACACGCCGUGCGCCGCCGAGCCGUGCGUCUGGAGCCCCUGGGGGCCGUGGGGGCCCUGCGGAGACCCCUGCGCGGGGGGGUCCCGCCUGCGCCACCGGCACCCCGUGAGCCCCGAGCCCCCCGGGCGGGCGUGCGCGGGGGUCCGCACGCAGAGCGAGAGCUGCAGCUCCAGCGCCUGCCCCGCGCCGUUCCCGGUGGCCCCAAGCUGCCCCCCGGGCGAGGUGUGGCUGGACCCCGGCCCCGCCUGCGAGCGCAGCUGCCGGGACCUGGCGGAGCCCCCCGGGACCUGCGGGGGGACCCUCGGAACCCCCGGGACCUCCGCGACCCUCGGAACCUCCGGGUCCCCCGGGACCCCCGGGACUCCCGGCAGCUCCAGCUCCCCCGGGGUCCCCGCGGCCCCCACGACCCCCGGGACCCCCGGGCCGCCCCCGCGCUGCGCCUGCGCCCCGGGCCGGUACCGGAACGGCUCCGGGCACUGCGUGAGCGCGGGGGGCUGCGGCUGCCGGCACGGCGGGGCGCUGCGAGCGGCCGGCAGCGAGUGGCAGGAGCCGUGCGGGACCUGUCGCUGCUCCGAGGGACGCGUCACCUGCGCCACCUCCUGCCCCGCACUCACCUGCCCCGAGGGCGCGGAGCCGGUGCGGGAGCCCGGGAGCUGCUGCCCCGUGUGCCGGGACGAGUGGCCAGAGGAGCCCCCCGGGCCGUGCCGGCUCCUCACGGCGCUGCGGACCAUCGCCAAGGGCGCGUGUGUGCUGCGGGGCGUCCGUGUGUCCUACUGCGCCGGGGCGUGCCGCUCCCGCACCGCCGUCAGCGCGCAGGAGCCGUUCGUGCGGUCGCUGUGCGAGUGCUGCAGUUACCGGCUGGACCCGGCCCGGCCCGUGCGGGCCCUGCUCCUGCCGAUCUCCUGGGGGGGCACUGGGAUGAACUGGGGAUCUUCGGGGCGGGGGGCACUGGCAUAA